GCUGUGUCCCUGGCAAGAGGAGAAAAAAAAAAGAAAAAAAAGUGCUUGGGUCUACAAAGAAACACUUGGAACAAGGAAAUCCUGCAAGUGAAAAGAAGUCCUACAAGUGGGAAAGGCAAAAAAACAGCUGGUGUAACCACAAUGCUGGAUUUCCUAUGGAGAUAACCAUCGUCGAUGCACAAAGCUCCUGUGUUCCUUCGAUUAACAUAGCGUAGGUGGAAGCCCAAAACACUGGAUAAUGAAUCUUAUGGCAAGAGCCCUGUAUGAUAAUGUCCCUGAAUGUGCAGAAGAGUUGGCCUUCCGCAAAGGAGACAUUCUGACGGUGAUAGAACAGAAUACUGAAGGUUUUGAAGGAUGGUGGCUCUGCUCCUUACAUGGCCGGCAAGGCAUCGUUCCAGGCAACCGUGUGAAACUCCUGAUAGGUCCAGUGGUACAGGACAGUCCUCCUGGCCAAGAUAUGUCCAAUUCAGGAUUGAUGCAUCAGUCCUUCAACCAGCAAAAGAUCUACCAAGUGCCAAGCUCACAUGCCUCAGCACGAGACCCUGUCUACCAAGUGCCACCUUCCCACCUGAAUCAGGGAAUUUACCAAAUACCCACUGGUCACGGUCUAGUGGGACAAGAUGUUUACCAGGUGCCACCCUCCAUGCAGAGAGGCAUUGAUGGUUCAGCUUUGAGUAACAAGGUAAUAACUCCAGUCAGGUCAGGACAAGGUUAUGUUUAUGAAUUCCCUUCCAAACACCAGAAGGAUACCUACGAUAUCCCCCCUGUUCGCCCUCUCCAAGGGAUAUAUGACAUUCCCCCCACAUCGGUUAAGGGGCCUGUGAAUCCAGUUCCCAUGGGAGAAGCAAAAGCUUUAGGAGUCUAUGACAUUCCACCUGCCAAAGGGGUCUAUGCUACGCCUCCAUCUGCGUGCCGAGAUACAGGCCUGAGGGAAAAUCUGCAGGAUUUUUCGUUUCCAGUGGGCCACAGUGUAAGACCAGAAGGAGUAUAUGAUAUUCCUCCUCCUAUCACCAAAGCAACUGGGAAAGAACUUAAUAAAUUUCCUCCUGAGAGCCUUUUAUUGUCGGAUGGAGCACCACAGAAACAGAAUGUUUUCCCUAUGAAUCAUCAAAACCAUUUUCUUGGACAGCAAAUUGCACCUCAAAAAGACGUUUAUGAUACCCCAAGGGGACUUGCAUUCCCAGGACAACAGACAGGACUCAGCGAAAAUCUCAUCCCGGAAGGAAAAGAAGGUGUAUAUGAUGUGCCACCAUCAGUCCUCCAAGACACUAAAGGCUUACAGGAUGUGACUGAUGGGAUGAAUAGGUUGUCUUUCUCCAGCACAGGAAGCACAAGGAGUAACAUGUCUACAUCUUCAACAACGUCAAAAGACUCUUCUUUGUCAGCAUCAACUGCACAGGACAAAAGACUAAUGCUUGAUCCAGACACUGCUAUAGAGAGGCUUUAUCACCUCCAGCAGAUGGUGGAGACAGCUGUCAAUAACCUCAUGGCCUUCAUUACAACCGACUGGCGGUCUUAUGGGUAUAUGGAGAAACAUCUCAACGCGAUUCACGCUGCUGUGGAUAAGGUAGAGCAGUCGCUGGUGGAGUACCUCCAGUUUGCGAGAGGAUCAGCAGCCAAUGCUUCCUGCCUACCUGAGUUAGGCCUCCUUAACAAAAUGAGGAGGGAGGUGCAAAGGCUGGAGGACUCUCACCAGAUCCUUACCCAAACCAGUCAUGACUUGAGCAGCUACAACUGGUCUUUGAAUGUUCUAGCUGUCAACAGACCGCAGAACAAGUGUGAUGACCUGGAUCGGUUUGUUAUGGUGGCAAGGACAGUCCCGGACGAUGCCAAGCAACUGACCACUACCAUCAGCGUCAACGCAGAGGUGCUCUUCAAACAGGCAUUGAGCAGCUCACGUUUCAAAAACGUACCAGAGAAUAUCAUGAACGCUCCUGACUGUGUAUAUGACAAUCCCCACAUGCAGCAUCAUGGAGAAAAAGCACAGAACCAUUGCAGUUCCUUUCCUCCACUCCUAAGUAAAGGUCAGCACCCUCACAAUACCACCAGUGACAGCUCGGAGAAGAGCUGGAUGGAUGACUACGAUUAUGUUCACCUGCAGGGGAAAGAAGAAUUUGAAAGGCAACAGAAAGAGCUGCUGGAAAAGGAAAAUAUCAUCAAGCAGAGCAAAACGGAGCUAGAGCACCACCAGAUCAACCAGUUUCAACGUCUGGAGCAAGAGAUCACAAAGCCAGUAGAGAACGACAUCUCCAAAUGGAAGCCACCUCAAGCUCUCCAGCCUGCAAACAGCACCACCACCUCCUGUGACAGCCAGCUGCUUCUAUUCUAUUCCGACCAGUUUGAGACUCACUUCAACUUCCUCCUCAACGCCAUCGACGCCUUCUUCGGGUGCGUCAACGCUUCUCAGCCCCCCCGAAUCUUCGUGGCUCACAGCAAAUGUGUCAUAUUGAGUGCUCACAAACUGGUGUUCAUCGGGGACGUGCUGGCGAGGCAAGUGGCCACGCAGGACAUACGCAACAAAGUGAUGAACUCCAGCAACCAGCUGUGCGAGCUGCUGAAGAGCAUCGUUGUGGCCACCAAGGCGGCCGCUGUGCACUACCCCAGCACAGCAGCCCUGCAGAAGAUGGUGGACCGAGUGACGGAGCUGUCCCGUCACGCACAGUUGUUCAAACUCUCCCUGGUCCAAAUGGCCUCCUUAUGAAAGCCCAGCGGAAGCCAACGCGUGAGCAGCCAAAACAGAAGAGCAAACAAACUGGAACUAUUUUUGUGUAAAUGUUAUCAUUAUAAUUAUUGGUUUUUUAGAUAUUUUUAAUGAAAUAUUUUAAAUACAUCUUUUGCGUUAGAGAAUCUGAUGAAAUCAGGGAUAUGGGAAUAUAUGUGGUUCUGUAUUAUGUUUCUCAUACACAUUUAGAUUUGUAUACACUGCAUAUAUGUAUAUGUUGCUACAUUCCCUAAAACAGCAAUUAAGCACCUUAAAAAUGAUGCAUCGGGUAAGCAGUGCCUAUCUUUUGUAUAUACUGCCCCUUUCCUCAGAAUAUUUGUUAACUGGAUGCUGCACUCUUCUUGUUUCAUUCCGCCUUGAUUUUGGCACAUGGACUUGGUUGUGAAACCUACUUGUAGCAAUCCACGAAGCAAGUGUAAUGGUUCUCAUAGAACUCCAUUCCCUUCUUAGAAAUUACUUUCUAUAGGUUAAUGGUGUGAAAUUUAAGUCUCCUCUUGAUGUUCCUUCGUUACGUACAGCAUUCCGUCAGUCUGACGAGCCUGUGUGUGCAGCCCCAACAAGCAACACGUCGAGCAAGGCGUACAGCAUCUGGGAGAAAUGCAUUUUUAGGUUGUAUAAGAAAAAGAACCUUCUAAGGAGGAAGGCAGAAUUGUAUAUAUUUAAUAUCUUAAGGCAUUCAAAUUUUGCCGUUUCUAGUAACUGUGCAACAUGGGAUUUCAAAACAUGGACAGAUUCCCAGCCAUGGAAAUUCAUACAUGUUUACCUUGAAUGUCUUUGCUUUGGCAAUUAAAUUUAACAGUCUGCUUGAAAGCCUUAGACUUUCAAGCCAUGGACUCACAGUUGUCCCAAGAGCAUCCCAGGAUCCACUGGGCCCGUCUUUGGGGCUGCAGAUGAGCAGUGUCUCAAAAUAACAGUCCCCUCCAGAGGAUUAACAUACAAAUUGUAAUUUGUAUGGAAAGAAAACAGCUUAAUUGGAAAGAACAGAUAUUUAAACAUCUCUUUAGUAUAUACACAAUUUCACGGAAGAAAUAGCACUUAUUUUUCUAGAACAUAUUCUCGUCAAUUAAUUGCACCUAUUGCAAUUCUGACUUCCAUUCAACUAUUGGACGUUUUUUUCCAAAUUCUGUUGUAUAGGCGCCGCUCCUUCUGCACUACACUGUUGCCAAAAAUGACCUCCUGUUUUAAUGGGGCCAUUCCAUCCCUAAGUACACUCAAUCCCACCCAGCAAUUUUCAAUUCAGAGCUUUAAAAACUGUUAGCAGAGUGGUGGACUUCUUCAGAAAUUUCACGUGUGCUGGCUGCUCCAAAACCCAUAUAAGCUUAUUUGUUUUCGUUGCCUUUCGUGAAGCCCCUAAAAAUCAGUCACAGAAGCCCAUUUGCCUGCGGCCCUCGACCUGAAAGCCGUGCUUCAAAGUGAGUCGUAGCUCAGGUAAAUUCCAGGUGAUUCCGGCGUUUUUAAAGCAGAAACACUACUGUCCUUCCAUGAUUCAAGGUAGUUCCACGUUGAUGUGGUCUGAGUGUUUGCCUCAGCAGAUUGCUGGUAGACACACAGCCAGGAGACCAGUAGCUCCUAGGAAACGGGCGCUUCUGCCCAACUUCCCUCUUCCCCAGUUUGUAUCCCAGCGCGUGCCUUAUUGAAAUGGGAUUUGUCCUCUUGGAUCACACAACCACUUCAGCAGUGUAUGACACCUCCCAGCCUUAACGUAUUGUGUCUCAGAGGGAAGACUGCUCUUGGGUACCCAUCACUUCCCAGGGUGUGUGGAACGUUCCUGGAAGGGCAUCAGGAGCCAACACAACCUCAACGGACCCAGGAUGGACCACAGGGCUUGGCUCUGGCGUAACGUCCAGAAAGGGCAGUUCUGCUAUUGCAGCCCGUCGCCAGUUGGCAAACAGCAAUCCACGUGCACCUGUUGUAUACUAGAGUUUGGGAAUUUUGUUUUUUUGGACUUCCUUGUCUGGUUUUUUUUUUUCCCACUGUAUAUUCUUAGAAAGUGAAAAAGCGUUUUGAAGCUUAGCGGUUACGUUGAUAGUUUGUGCUUUCAAAAGCAGGACCUUUGCUGCAAGCCUGUAUUGCAGUUUGUUAUCUUGUAGAGAGUCACGUAAAGAUUAUUAAAUGAUGAGCUUUUUUAUAUAAGAAA